CAGAAGGAGAGCAUGAACAUACAAUGGAUGAAGCUGAAGCAAUACAAGCAUAUGUACAACAGCAAGCUGGUGAUGAUUGUGAUGUGAUACUAGGUAUGGGAAAUGACUCAAGCCUUGAAGACAAAAUUGCUGUAACCGUAAUUGCUACUGGGUUUAAUUACAAACAAGUUUCUGCACAAAUUCAAGAAAGAAAGAAGGAAGACGCCAAAGUUGUCGUUAGCCUUGAUCAUACUCAAGCAAUUAGUGCUACUACUGUGCCCACUACUCCAAUUGCAGCCGUUGACCCAAUGGCACCUGUAUUAAAAGAAUCUGCCGAGGCUAAAGAGGAU